GAUCCAAGGUUUUAAAAGAAGCAUGUCUGCAGGGGUUUGUGGGAAAAGGGUGGGAUUUGAAGAACUAUUCGGAUCCUCACCCAAGAGAUUCAGGUGUUCCAGUUCGGAUCCUGGGUCCAGACCCGAUGACCCGGUUUCAACUUUCUCUGCUUUGGAUACUGAGUUAAUAACAUCCGUUGUCCGAAACCACGACAGUAAGAAUGAAGAUGUUAAGGAGAGUUCGAAUGCAUUUUCUUCCGAUACCCAAGAACGAAAUAAACAACAUAAUUUUGAUCAUGUGAGAACUGGAAAUUGUACCGAUGAUACUGCUACAUGUAGCCAAAUCUCUGGCUACGAUGUUGAGUAUAACGGAAAUGCAGUUGAUUCUCCCAAGUGGGCGGAUUUGUUUGUGCAAGAGAUGUCGGGUACAGCGAAUAUAGACGAUGCUAAAGCCCGUGCUGCUAGGAUUUUAGAAGCCUUUGAAGGAAGUGUUGUUGCCAAUGAAAGGGCUGCUGAAGAGAUAGAACAUUUGCGGAGCUUGUUGGAUAACAAUCAAAUUCUGCGGAGAGUUGUUGCUUCGGAAUGAAUGCAACGUCGAGCAAGAAGGAAA